AUGGCCCCAGCGUUUCUCUCCCUCAAAGACUUGCGUCGCCGGUCUAGAGCAAGUUUCCGAACAGACAACUCAAACGACACCUCCAGCGAUGGAACUUUGAGCCAUGAAACAAACGACACCACACCGUCAAGCGGCUCGUUAACACCGCCAUCCAUGGCCCAGUCAGAUCCCGCGCUUAAUCUACAGGUCAAGGACAGCAAUGGGUCUGGCCAGUAUCCAGCUCAAGCUCAAGCCCGACCCAUGCUGGUGCCUGGCGGAAAUUCCAGUCGAUACAGCGUCUCGGGCAUGUCAGGCCUUGGAUCUCCUGCGCCCAACGGAAGGACCAAUCUGCCAGUCUCCCAGUAUGCUCCUCGUGUCCAAAACAUUGCGGAAAAUGCAUGGGUAUACCAAAAGGUUCUCUUGUUGCAUGGUACAGUUGGAGAGACGGAGCAGAACCACCUUGAAGGCACCGUCACCAUCAGCAAACUCGAUGACUCCUUUCCACCGACCAGCUGGCCUGUAUGCAAUUCUCACUUCAAAGCUCUUCUAUAUCUGCAACCUGGCCCCAACAAGAUCAGACUUGAAUUCUCUAGCCCGAAACUGGCCAACAGCUCGUCUUCAAACAACAUCCAUGCCUCGUACCUUACUCUCCACAUGGUGCCUUCGUUAAACGCUCCUCCGUUGCAGCUCGCUAUUGUGCUAGGCAAAGACUCACCCGGGACAUUUGAUGCGACGCCGUCGCGGGCUGAACGGGAAGGUAACGGCCUGGAGACGGCUGUCAAGAAGUUUCGGAUGGCAGCCUAUCUCUGGCAGGCAUUUACUGCAGAACAGAUGUGGAGGCACAAGCUUGGGCGACGAACAUUUCGAUUCGAAGAGGAAUGGACGUCUGGUUCUGCCAACCUCCGCGACAGAGAGAAUGGCAUCAUGAGAUCUGAAGCCCGCGUUCACAUUAUCCGAUCCGACAAGACGGUGGCGGAGCUGCAGGAUCUUAACAAGGCGCAACAGUAUGAUAAGGCCACGGAUAAGAAUGCUCUCUUCGACAUUGCUUCGGCAGCAGUCAAGAAGCAUCUGAAUCCCCUACCUGGCCAGAAGCAAUAUGUUGCCGUUCUCCUGCUCGAUGCUCACUGGGAUAAGGACGCCAAAACCAUUCGAAGUCAUGCCGCACUUGGCGGCGGCAGCGGAGAGCUGCAACUGGGCAUCUUUGGGUCGCACUGCCUGCAUAGCUAUCCCGGCUGUUUCGAAGAGGUCGUGCCAGCCUUUACCGAUUGCACACCGACGGACACGGCGCAUGUGGCCAACGACUGCAACGAGGCAGGAAGCUCCUGGGAGGCGGCAAACAUUGGCAUCGGUGCGCAUCUGCACGAGGUUGGCCAUUUGUUUGGAUGCCCCCACCAAGAAGGAGGAAUUAUGCUCAGAGACUACGUUGUUCUUAACCGAAGUUUCGUGGCUCGUGAGGCGUAUUCCACCAGAACCAAGUCCAAGGGAGGAUUGGCCUUGCAGGCAGAUGAGUGCGGCUGGCAUCGUCUGGACUGCCUUCGCUUCCGAGCACAUCCCGCCUUUAGGCUGCCCAACGAUGCCCCGAUGAAUCCCGACGAAAGCGUCCAGGCAUUUGCCAUUGACGGCGAGAUUUACGGUGAGGGAGACGAUGUGUGCCGUGCAUGGAUCGAGUAUAUGCCGGACAACAAUAGUCCCAUUCAGCGACAAGUGACAAUGACCGAACAAGAUUUGCGGGCACGCCUGCCAGAAGCCAAGAGAAAGGGUCGCGUAAGGGUGUCUAUCAAAUCCCACGGCGGAGGAUCUUUGGAUAUCGACGACUUCAAAGUAUUUGCGUCAAAGCAGUCAUCGGUGAAGCUGCCGGGCGGCAAGGUAGCCUUCCGGUGCAAAAGCCUCGGACAGUCAAAGAUGCAAGGCAGCGAGCCCCAAGAGGCAAUCUUCACCAGCGCUGUGAAGCAGGACCGGGUCAUGUCUCGCGUUAUUGUGUAUCACGGCUCAGCACUAGAUGGGCUGGAGUUUGUUUAUGACGAUAAUUCGACACAGCUGUUUGGCAAGAGGGGAGGCAAAGAGGGAGGUGACACAUUUGAAUUUGACAUCCGACGCGGAGAGUACCUCAGUGGUUUUGUCGUGAGGGCUGGCUUUUGGAUCGAUGGCAUUCAGCUCUUGACCAGCCUUGGUAGAAAAUCAGCCAUGUUUGGAAAAGCCCAUGGUGGUUCUGCACACACUCUGAUACCUCCUCGAGGCUAUACUAUCUGCGGUGUUGCCGGCACAUGUGGCGCGUGGCUGGAUGGCUUCUCCAUUCUCAUCAAGCAUUAA